CUUAGGUUUGCCUUGAAUCGAAAGGUGCCAUGGCCAUGUCCGCUGAGCAAAAGGCGACACAAGCGGAUGCUUUGGCCUUCCGACGAAGUGGUGACCCUGGUGAGCUGUUGCUCUGUCUGCGAAUGGAGCAGAGCGCAGAGCUCGCGCAAAGUGCGCACAAUAUCUUAGAUGACGCGUUAAACCGUUUCUGCCCGGGAGUGUCACGCGCAGACCUUCGCGAGGAAGAGGCGGAUCGCAUGAUCAUGUCGAACAUCAAGGCCCAAUCCACAUGGCCAGAAGGCUUCGCCAAUAAGCUCUACCUUGCUUCUAGGGCUAGCCACAGCGCCGCUUGCGGAAUGGGCAGUAACCAACGCCACAGAAAGCGCGUGACUUCUUUAGCGCUGGCCAUGCUCUUGAUCUGUGAGAAUUCUCAAUCUCCACAGUGCCAGAUUUUCUUCCAGACUCAUCCGCUGUUGCUGAGCCUGGCACGGGUUUGCAUGAACGCGUACACGGCCCCCCAGGAAGCAACAGCAGCACCAGCACCUCUGGUGGUUCCAGUGGCGCCAGCACAGCCAGCACAGCCAGCACCAGUUGUGGCAUGCCCGGAGCCGGGACCACAAACGCCGGCAGAGAGGCUUCAACACCUUGCCAGGAGCCUUGGUGCUGAUGAUGAGGUGCUGAAUGAUCCUUAUCUCUUUGUUCAGCAGGAGACGGGGCACAUACUAUGUGCUGCGUGCAACAAGCACCUGACAGCGGCACAUACCCAAAGUAAGAAGCACACAGGCUAUUUGAGCAACAUUGAUGCAACGCUCCAAUGGAUUCGCAUUGAACGACCCGACUGGUUGUGUUUGCAGAUCUUGGAGAUGAACGGUCCCUUCACCCGAGUUCCAACACGAACUGCCCGUGAAGCUCCGAAGUCGGGCCCGCCGGGACCGAGCAGAGAAUUUAGGCCAUCUCCCAGGAAUCCCGGCGAUGCAGUGGACCUCCCCAUGCCCACGGACGAAGAGAUUUUCGAUUUUCUAAUGGCCUUGUCGGGAAGGAAGUGGUGCUGUUGGGACGCACGGUGGUUCUCCACUGAGGAUCCACAGCCGACUCGAUUCCCGGGGCGCCCAGAGAUCAAUCAGCCCGACCCGUCCGGUGGCCAGCGAACUGGACGCUUUGUGAAGUUCAGGGCGGCUCCGCAACCUGCAGAAGAAGAACAGGAGCGCCAGGGCAAGCAUAGCAGCAGUAUAUCACAUCCGCCAAUUUCCUUUUGUUGGGGUAAUGCGAACAGAGGAUAG